UGAGAGGAAUGAACUUCAGCUGGCAGUUCGAUGGAUGCGACACGGAGCGACCGACGUCCAUUUGCAACGGUCAGCGAACGAGUGACGGCUCACAUCACACAGAAAUGUACCACAGCAUAUUGUGAGAAAAAACCGUGUAUCUAGUGUGAAGGACCCUUGAAAACCAGCGGCACACCGACCGACAUAUGAGCACGAUGUGAUGUGUAUACCGACCAUACCAGGUGGGCUCUCUCAUCAACACAUACACACCACAAACACACGCAAUCCCUAUCUGCCCUGCCUAGCCCCCACACAUGAGUGGAAUGCUCUGUGCCUGAUACUGUAACUGUACAACGCAUAAAAUUGCCACGCCAGCCACCAAUUAGGAAUCCAUGGUGAAUUGCCCGUUUGUCUCCCUGUCUGUGCUCCGCCCUCCCUCCCUCCCUCCCUCCCUCCCUCACUCAUCUAUACUACAAGGCGGCCACAACGCAUUUGCAGCAAUCAUGCACAACACAGUGUUCGUCAACCAUCAUCGGCCAAUGGCACCAUUGUAUGAAGCAGCCACAAGAAAGCGCAACACACACACUCAAGACACAGCGGGGCAGGCACCCAGCCAGCCAGCCAGCCAGCCAGCCAGACAGGAGAGGGAAAACCAGCUUUUAGCUGACUAUGCUCUGGACACACGCAUGACACACACACACACACAUACCCACACGCAUACGUCGUGGCAGCCGCCCUUUGUCCGAAUCGCAGAGAGAGCGAAAAAGACAGAGCAAGCAUACAUUCGCACACACACAACAGAGCCUGUCGAGCCUGUCUGUCUCUAGUCUCUAGGGCGCCUCAGUGGGCGACUCCGGGGCCCUCACACCCGCCGGCGUGCUGCUCGGGCGGUUUCCCUUGGCUCCGAUGGCCUGCCCAGUGUGCCACUGGGGCGAAUAGGGUCCACUGCCGGUGACCACAGUGAGGCCGUGGGAGCUCAGCUUGGUGCGCACGACGUUGGGGGGGCUGCCUGGAUGAGGUCCGUCGGGCAGUCCGUCGGCUGAUGUCCGCUUUGCAGGUGGUGAGAUGGGUGGCUGUGGUCUGAUCCAGUUGACCUUGUAGUAGAAGGCCUCGUUGCCGUUGGACAUCCGGAGGGUCGUCUUCUCAAUCGCUAUCGACAGCUCGUGCUCUUGCCUGAUGCACUCAACGACGGAGGGAUGCAGGGAGGGAUGGAUGGGGUGUGUGGUCAUGUCAUCUGUGUGGUCAUCGGUGGGGGACUGCUCACUUACGCCAUGUACGAGAUGAGAAGCUCCCUCCUGCCAGCGAUCAGCUCACACAGACUGUCGGAGAAGAAGGGCUCCACCCAACACACGGGGGGCGGGGCCUGCGGGGUGGCGGCAGCGGGGGGAUGGCCGCCCACACCACGAGACGGCAAAGACGAGCCCCUCACGUGACACCUGGUAUCGUCACGCCCAGACAGACAGACAGACAGACAGACAGAGGACGGAAUGUUUUCUCGACCCUCCAAUCAGUCAAGUCGAUGACUCCGUCAUCCAUCCAUCCCAUCACGUACCUGGCCACAAUGUCGUCUCGGUGCACAUCGAUCUUGCCCCAGCCGAGUAUCUGCACCGUCACCCUGUCCUCCUCCCGCGCCGAAGGGAACACCCCAACCGCACACGCCUGCAGCGACACACCCAUACCCGCACCGCCGCACGCCGACGCCUCACGAUGGUGGUCCCUCUCACGCCGCUCCUCAUCCCACCCCUCCCCUGCGCAAUGCCUCGGCAGCCCACCGCCGUCCACGAACUGGCGGAAGCCUUUGAAGAGCACCGCUGCGAAAUUGCGCAGGAGCGCGCGCAUCUUCUGGUCGCCCCACCUCUGCUCCUGCGCCAGCUCCUCCAGCUUCCGGUCAGAGAGAGUUAGGGGUGGGGGCAGGGCGGCCGCUGUGCGACCGUUCUCGAGCAGCGCCUCGAUAUCAAUGUUGUAGAAGUCGAGCUCUUUGAGCAGGUGGUCCUCCAUCAGGUGAGGGGGGCAAUACCAGGACCGGGAGCGGAGGAUCUCCAACACGGCCUCAUAAUACGCACCCGACCUGCAAACACAUGGGAGAGAGAGAGUCUGAGUGAGGACGGUGCCUCUGCGGCUGUUUGUGUGAGGGAGCUCUGCAGGGAUGCCCACGCACCUAUCGAUGAAGUAUGCGCCGCUCUCGUCGCGGUAGGCAGGAAUGCGGCCACUCAGGAGGCCGACGAAGAAAGAAUUCUGGGCCAAACCGGUCUGCACACAAACAUAACCAGACAGACCCCACAGGCUACCAAAUAGAUGCCACCACCUUUUGCCUCCCGUGGUGUGCGAGUGACCUGCCAGCCUACCUGGAGUGUCGACGCGAGUGUGGUGAACUUCAUCCCUCCGACAUUCAGAUGCACCAACGGAGAUGGCGCGGGCGGCGGCGAGUAGUCGGGCGUAGACUGCCUCACGAGCGAUGACGACGAAGCCUCUUCCAUCUUCCAGACCAGCUGGAUGGUCGUGCCAUCAAAACCGUGAUUCUCGUUCUCCC